CGACACCAGCAUAGAUUUAUAUCCCACCGAAAGAGAGACUUUUAUUUAGUCAGUAUUGAGCUUUGUUGUCACUAAGAAGUCUUUCUGGUACUUCUUCGGGCUUACAUUUUCCGUGUUUUCUUCGCAUCUGCUGGCGCGUGUGUUGUAGAUUUACAUUCACGACAAAGUCGAUGCUUUUUCCCUAUCUUUGUGCCUUGUUUUUUUGGUAGUUUGAGUGACAAAAAUUAUCAAAUGAGUAGAUAAGUCGCAUUCGUUUUGUGGUUGAAAGAGUGGAAUGGCACUGGAAAAAUUCGAUAAUUUCAGCACACACGAAUAUGCUGAAGUAUCGUGUUUUUAUCGUGAUAAAGAGUGAAGAAAAGUAAAUGUGAAGGGGAGACGAGAGCGAGAGAGAGAGAAAGAACAGGACAGUGAGGUUGAUUGUGUAAUAAAUGUUUAGAGUAGUAAAAAAGUUAGUCAAAUAUUGAUGAGUUUUUGCCCUCGAACAGUACAAUUCUCAAUGUGAAAAAUUAAUCGCAAAAGUAUGUUUUGAGAGGAAGGCAAACAAAUAUUAUCGAGCAUAGUUUUCAUCGCGAGACGGAAAACAGAACAAUCAACUACAUUUUUGUUGAUCUGGAGUGUGUAAAAAGUUGAAAUGGAAACAUUCCAGUAAUUGAAGAGUGCUUUUAUAAUGAUGUGUGAGAAAAUAUGAAAAUUUGCAGAUGAUUUGCGAUUUUUCAUGUGACUUUUGGGUGGAAAAUUGUGACGAGAACAUUAAGUGGAGAGUUCGGCGAUGGAGUGGUCGUGGUUGAAAGAUUGGUGGAGAUUGAAGAGACUGAGACGGAGGCAGAAAUGUCACGAUGGAUAUCUGAGUAAUGACAAUGAUGACGAUGAAGAAAACUACAAUGAAUUCUGCUACUGUGACGAAUGCAUGAAUGGUGAUAUUGAUCUCUGCGAUGGCACGGAGAUUGAUUCUGAUGGGAGUGUGUCAUCAUGUUCCGGGAAGCAAGUGGUCGUUGGCGUUUGCGCCAUGGCGAAGAAGUCACAGUCGAAGCCAAUGAAGGAGAUUCUAACGCGUCUCCAGGAGUUUGAGUACAUCAAGAUCGUGGUGUUUCCUGAAGAAGUGAUCCUCAAAGAUCCUGUGGAGAAGUGGCCAGUCUGUGAUUGCCUGAUAUCCUUCCACUCGAAGGGCUUCCCUCUGGAGAAGGCUGUCAACUAUGCUCAGCUGAGAAAGCCGUACGUGAUCAAUAAUCUUCACACGCAGUAUGAUAUUCAGGAUCGUCGGAAAGUUUAUUCAAUCUUGGAGAGUGAAGGCAUCGAGAUUCCUCGAUAUGCUGUACUUGAUCGUGAUUCUCCUGAUCCAAAACAUCACGAACUUUUAGAGAGCGAGGAUCAUGUGGAGGUCAAUGGGGUGAUCUUCAACAAGCCUUUUGUGGAGAAGCCCGUCUCAGCUGAAGAUCACAACAUCUAUAUUUACUAUCCAACAUCUGCUGGAGGCGGUAGUCAGCGGCUUUUUCGCAAGAUUGGCAGCAGGAGCAGUGUUUACUCGCCAGAGUCUCGGGUGAGGAAGACGGGGUCUUUCAUCUAUGAGGACUUUAUGCCAACGGAUGGGACGGAUGUGAAGGUGUACACAGUGGGACCGGAUUAUGCUCAUGCGGAGGCGAGAAAAAGCCCGGCUCUCGAUGGGAAGGUUGAGCGUGAUCGAGAAGGGAAGGAGAUUCGAUAUCCUGUGAUACUGAGCAAUGGAGAAAAGUUGAUAUCGCGCAAAGUCUGUCUUGCUUUCAAGCAGACCGUCUGUGGUUUCGAUUUACUAAGGGCCAAUGGAAAGUCUUACGUUUGCGACGUGAAUGGUUUCAGCUUUGUUAAGAAUUCAAACAAGUAUUACGAUGAUUGUGCUAAAAUACUCGGCAAUAUGAUACUGAGGGAGUUGACGCCAACCCUCCACAUUCCCUGGUCUGUGCCAUUUCAAUUGGACGAUCCGCCAAUUGUGCCCACGACUUUCGGCAAAAUGAUGGAGCUGAGGUGUGUCGUGGCUGUAAUAAGGCACGGUGAUAGGACACCAAAGCAGAAGAUGAAGGUGGAAGUGCGACACCCCAAGUUUUUUGAGAUCUUCGAGAAGUACGAUGGCUACAAGCACGGUCAUGUGAAAUUGAAACGUCCGAAGCAACUGCAGGAGAUCUUGGACAUUGCGCGAUACCUUCUCACGGAGAUCCAGACAAAAUCGGCUGAGUCUGAGGUGGAGGAGAAACAGGGUAAACUGGAGCAACUGAAGUCCGUCCUGGAGAUGUAUGGCCACUUUUCAGGGAUUAAUCGAAAGGUGCAAAUGAAGUAUCAGCCAAAAGGACGUCCUCGUGGCUCGAGUUCCGACGAUGGCAUGUCACUAGCAGAUGCGCCAAAGGAGCCUUCUCUUGUGCUCAUACUCAAGUGGGGCGGCGAGCUGACACCGGCGGGUCGGGUGCAGGCCGAGGAACUAGGCAGAAUCUUUCGGUGCAUGUAUCCUGGAGGGCAGGGAAGGCAUGACUAUUCGGGAACACAGGGUUUAGGACUACUGAGUAUUUCCAGAUUGCAUUCCACCUUUCGGCACGAUUUGAAGAUCUACGCCAGCGAUGAGGGCCGAGUGCAGAUGACGGCGGCGGCGUUUGCCAAAGGUCUUCUCGCACUCGAGGGUGAAUUGACACCCAUUCUGGUACAAAUGGUGAAGAGUGCUAACACAAAUGGACUCUUGGACAAUGACUGUGAUUCUAGCAAAUAUCAAAAUAUGGCCAAGAAUCGCCUUCAUGAGUUGAUGCAGAUUGAUAGAGAUUUUACUCAAGCUGAUCGCGAGGCUAUCAAUCCUGGAAACAGUGUGAGCAUAAAUCAAGCGUUGGAUUUUGUGAGGAAUCCGGUGAAAUGCUGCACGCAUGUUUGUAGUUUGAUUCAGUCUUUGAUGGCGGUGAUUGCUGUGAAGAGAGAUGAUCCCAAAACAAGAGACGCAAUUCUGUAUCAUGGGGAAACUUGGGAACUCAUGGGCAGACGCUGGGGGAAGAUUGAGAAGGAUUUCUCUACGAAAACUAAGACAUUUGACAUCUCGAAGAUCCCAGAUAUCUAUGAUUGUAUCAAGUAUGAUUUGCAACACAAUCAGCACACACUCCAGUUUGAGCAAGCUGAGGAAUUGUACAUCAAUGCUAAGUAUCUGGCAGACAUUGUCAUACCUCAGGAGUACGGAUUGACAGUGCAGGAGAAGAUUGCCAUUGGUCAGGGCAUUUGCACGCCUUUGCUAAAGAAGAUCAAGUCGGAUCUGCAGAGGAAUAUCGAAGAAGCGGGCGAUGAGAGUGUCAAUCGACUCAAUCCGCGCUAUAGCCAUGGAGUGUCUAGUCCAGGAAGGCACGUGAGGACUCGCUUGUACUUCACCAGUGAGAGUCACGUUCAUUCCCUCCUUACGGUGCUGCGUUAUGGCGGAUUGCUCAACACGCUGUCGGAUGAACAGUGGCGAAGAGCCAUGGAGUAUGUCUCGAUGGUUUCUGAGCUGAAUUAUAUGUCUCAAAUUGUGAUCAUGUUGUAUGAGGAUCCAACAAAGGAUCCCUGCUCAGAAGAGCGUUUUCAUGUGGAGCUUCACUUCUCGCCUGGUGUGAAUUGCUGUGUCCAGAAGAAUUUGCCACCUGGCCCGGGAUUUCGGCCGCACAGUCGCAACGAUUCUGUGACUUCGAAGAGCACCAGUGGAGAAGAGGACUCCAUGACAACAAGGAUUGACGAGGAGGGAGAUGUUGGGAAUGAGGAGGAGAGCGCCCAAAACACUCCACAGAAUGCCGAUGCUACAGAUUCGAGCGCCAAAGGAUCGAAAGGUGAGAAUUCACCGUCGGAAAUUGCUCCUCUUCAUCAGUUCAACUCGCCAAAAAUCAAGUCAUCUGAGCCAAUUCCCAUUGGAUCAUGUCACACGGUUUCUGGUCACGAAGCGAUGGAUUUGGCAAAGAGAUUGAGUAAGGAAUUGGCUUCACAGCAGCAAUUACAGGGAGGAUCUCUGGGUGCAACGAGAUCUAUGAGUCCAGACACUGAGCCAAGAUCUCGAUCCUACGAAACAACACAGUCCAAGGCUAAAGCCGAGCACUAUCCACGAUACCAAAGUCUCCAAGCGGUUAAUGACGAAGAAGACAUGCUAGAUGCCAUGCUCGGUGCUGCUUUGCCUCCUGUGUCUCCUGUGCAUGGUAGAGAGCGGAGGAAGAAGUCGUCAGUAUCGACUCCGCUGUACGAUAUCAAUUCGGCCACUAACGAGCUGCCCCUGUCGGCAAUCAGUUUCAAAUCCAAUCCCGCGAGUCCGGACGUGGCGGGCGCGUGUGACAACGAGCCCUGCCUGUACAGCGUCCGGCCGCUCAGCGGCAGUCGGAUUUCGCUGAUGGCGACCAAUGAGCGCCCGCUGUCCUGCACGUGUCUCCUGCGUCUGUCGGUCACGGAUGGUGUGGAGUCGUCGCCGGAGGCCGAGGGCGGUGCGCACCGGCGGAGCACGCUCCACAAUCCCGUGGCGUCGAUGCUGGAGCUCGAUGGGGGCAGUGAGGUGGGCGCUGCGGUGGCGGCGGUUGAUACUGACGAGGCGUGCGAGGAGGAGAAGAGGCGUGCAAAUUCAGCACCGGCCACUCUGUGCCUGUGCAUGCGUGAUACAGCGGCUAGCAGUGCUAUUGUUAACUUACCACGCAUCUUGGUUGAUUCACCAACACACGAGAGACACAGCACAGCUGAGAAACUUUAUCAUGAAUUACAUAUGACCAAUAAUGACGGUGAUCCCGUGUCGAGUCAUCUAACAAAGUCCAUAUCAGAUGGUCUCAUUAACACCACACUAAUUGCGUACGAUGAUAGCAACAUUGUCGAUGAGACAGCGACACAGUGUGUUGAUGUGAUGCGAAAGAGGUGCAAUGAUACUAAUGCCAAGUCCCAUCAUGGUGUCAUAACAAAUGUGUCCACCUCUCUUUCAACCACACCAACAUGUUCCCAUGCUCAUGCAUCAACCAAAACCCAACAACACAAUUCAGAUAUCACGGCGACAACGACAGCCGCCUCAUCCGUUCAGACAUCAUCAUCGACAAACACCGUGAGGCGUCAACGACACAGCAUUGCCGGCCAGAUGAGCUAUUUCAAAAUGUUCGGUUUUGGCGGAUUUAGCAAGAAAAUGGCCAGCACCAAUAGUCUAUUUAGCACAGCGGUGAUCAGUGGCAGCUCGUCGGCGCCCAAUUUGAGGGACAUGAUACCCAGCACGGCGUCACCAUCAGUACUUGAAGGAAUUGGAGGUGUUCCGUCCAUCAGACCUCUCGAGACGCUCCAUAAUGCGCUCUCGCUCAGGCAGCUGGACUCCUUCCUUGAGACGAUGACGGCGGCUCCGAUGUUUAAGACUCCAGCAUCCUCACCGCCCAAAUAUCCGUCGACGCCGCUGCCUACGCCUGUGCAGACGCCACAGAACUCCAUCCCGGAGAAGUUUAUAAAUUGGAGCGGUCAGUCCAGCAUGACGAGCAGCCUGAGCGCCUUGUCCAGUGGAGGUCCUCCAAGUCCCAACAUAUCCGAGUCCUUCUCCAGAGGAGGAUAUUCUAGUACGGAUAUGUCGGCGAGCAUCAACAGCACAGAUGAAUUGGGAAUACUGGGCGCCACUGCUGAACUGUGUCAGAUGUUCCCAACUCUCGACGCCGAUCUCUGCGCUGUGAGUCAUCAAUUGACUCUAGAAAGCCUUCCAUUGAGCUGCACGGAUAUCUCUCAGGGCGCCAGUGGCGAAUUGACGCCCAUCAGUACCGGAUCGGACUUUGAUUUUAACACCAAUGACGCCACUAAGGGUUCUUCCACGAAUGAAAUAGGCACUGAGGAUUCUGAUGAGGAGACCACAGUGUCAGCCACUGCAGAUGUUUCUUUCCCCACUGAUGGAUUCCUCUCAAUGGACAACCUGAAGAGCUUCAAUGUGGCCAAUGAGCCCUUUAAGAAGUCUCUGGAGACCUAUCAAACCUCCGUGAUGAAUAUCAAGAGGAAGCUGAGCGAGAAGUGCUCGUCAGAGGACGGCAUGUAUCUAACAGGCGCCAUGCCAAAGCCCUGCGGGCGAAGUCCGCGCAUCCAGAAGCAAAUCAGUGCGUACGAGAGGGAGUCUCGUAAGAUGAUUGCCAGAGAACCACUUCCAGGUGAAAAUCAGCCUCACUAUUGCAUCUCUGCGGACGAUAUCAAUCGCUCCGUGGCCGAGAGCGAAGUUCCGAGGCAGAAGAAGAUCAACAAAGAAGCCAAAACCAAGUCAUGUGCUAACCUGAAGAUUUUUUCCAAUGCUCCGGGCGCUCUUGUGGUGAAGGAGAAGUUCAUAGCGCCACCAAAGAGGGUGGCCAACAGCUUCCACGGCAAGACGCAAUUCUCCCAGAACAGUGAUCUCUUUCGCAGAACCAUCAGCCAAGGCGUGGUGGCAAAUGCGCCCGCUGACGCACCCGCUAAUCGCUUUACCACUACUAUUGUUCCUGAAGCAUGCCAAGAGAGUCAGGCGAGGGCUACCAAAGAGGAUUAAGCUUCUAUUCCAAUGUUGACAAUUCAAUAAAUAAAUUGCUGUUAAUGAGAAAAAGAAA